AUGAGCGCGGCGAUGAGCGCGAAGGCGCGAACGGUGGUGAAGCUGAGCGCGACGACGCGGAAGAGCCGAGGAGGGACGGGACGACGAGGCGCGACGACGCGCGCGGCGAACGGCGAGAAACCUUGGGGCGACUCGACGCAGUGCGUGCAAAACGGCGAACGCAAGGAGGGGCGACCGAGGGUAUCCGACUCGUUGACGACCCCGAUCGUGUGCACGUCGACGUACCACUUCAAGGACACGGAAGAGUUGAUCGCGUAUCAAGAGGGACGAUAUGGGAGCUUUGAGUACGGUCGAUACGGGAAUCCGACGACCAAGGCGUGCGAAGAGAAGAUUCGCCAACUCGAGGGCGGAGAAGACGCUCUGUUGAGCGCGUCCGGCAUGUGCACGGCGACGACUAUGCUGCUCGCGCUCGUCCCAGCCGGUGGACACAUUGUCACCACCACGGACUGCUACAGACGCACUCGACAAUUCAUUCAAACUUUCUUGCCGAAGAUGGGCAUCACGUCCACGGUGCUCGAUCCGUCCGAUUACGACGGCUUGGAAAAGGCGCUCAAGGAGAACAAGUGCUCGCUGUACUUUUCCGAAUCACCAACGAACCCGUACCUUCGUUGCGUCGAUAUCGAACGAAUCGUGAACCUGUGCAAGCCCACGGGUUGCCUCGUGUGCAUCGAUGGUACUUUUGCCACGCCGUGCAACUCUCGCGCGCUCGACUUUGGCGCCGACUUGGUGAUUCACAGCGCGUCGAAAUUCAUGGGCGGGCACAACGACGUUCUCGCCGGUGUCAUCGUCGGUAAGAAGGAAGCAGUCGCCGCGUGCAGACAAUUUCAUAAUAUUUUGGGUGGUGUCAUCGAUCCUCACGCUGCUUACUUGGUUCUUCGAGGUUUGAAGACCUUGUCGCUUCGAGUCGAGCGCCACAACGACAGCGCGAUGAGACUGGCUCAAUACCUCGAGAAGCAUCCAAAGAUUGACAAAGUGCACUAUCCGGGAUUACCGAGCCACUGCGACCACGAAGUUGCGAAAAAAUACAUGAAAGGUUUCGGUGGGGUGGUAUCUUUCGAGGUCAAGGGUGAUCUUUGGGCGACUGCAAAGUUUAUCGAUAGUUGCGAGCUUCCGUACAUCGCGCCGUCUCUCGGUGGCGUGGAGUCGCUGAUUGAACAACCGACUGUCGUUUCUUAUUGGGAUCAGGGUCCUGAAAAGCGCGCUGAGAUUGGCAUUAAGGAUAACCUCGUUCGAUUUUCGACUGGGAUUGAGGAUUACGUCGACAUCGAAGCGGAUAUUGCUCAAGCCCUGGAGAAAAUUUAA